AUGCAAUACUCAAGCGCCCUUCUCUUGGCUCUGGCCGCUACCACCGUCUCUGCUGCAUCCGGUGUCUCAGGAACUAAGACCGCCUUAGGGGCUGCCAAGGCCACAGGAGUCGGGCUUGCUAAGGCCACAGGAGUCGGAGCUGUUAACUCCAGCGGAGCAGGUGCAAAGGCCAGCUUGGCUGCCCGCGUCGCAUACCGUCCAUACCGUCGUUCGAUUACCAAUGAGUCGGGUUCGGCAAAGGGAACAGGAGCUGCUGGUGCGGAUGAAGCUAGCGGGGGGUUCGCUAAGGCUACUGGGGCUCAGGGAGCAGGAAAUGCUAUGGCUUCUGGGGCUCAAGGAGCAGGGUCUGCUAAGGCUACCGGGGGAGCAAGUUCUGGUCAAGGUUCUAGUAAUGGUAACGGUAACGGUAAAGAUUCUAAUUCCGGCACCGGUUCGGCCAAUGCUAGUGGGUUUGGGGCAAAGGCAGCGGGUGAGAGUGGCGUUGCUGCAGCUUCUGGAGGUUCAGCCAAGGCUAGUGGAUUUGGCGCAAUGGCAGCGGGUGCGAGUGGUGUUGCUUCAGCCUCCGGAGGUUCUGGACAAAAGGCUAGUAAGACAGCAGAAGCGGGCUCUGCAAAAGCGACCGGAGCUGACUUCGCUUCGGGAUCUGGAGCUGGAACUGAAAACACCGAAAAGGGAGCUCCUCCUGUCUCAGGUAGCGGAGCAGCUUCAGCUUCAGCUUCGGGAUCUGAUGGUGCUUCCUCUACUUCUACUUCUCCAGCUAUGUCCACAGGUGGCGCCGCAUCUCUAUCUAAUAAUGGAGGAAUGGUCGCAGUUGCCGGUCUCGGUGUUGCAUUUGCUGUUUUCAUGUAG